AUGCUUUCAGUAACCAUUUUACUGUUCGUUACGGUGUUCUCUUUCUCUAUCACACGCAUUACCUCAAACAAAACGGCAAUUUUUCAUGUUCCUAUUGGUCGAUCAGCACAGAUUCAUAAUGUAAUACUAGCACAAUCCUUUCAUACUCGAUAUCAAGAACCUGAACAGUUUACGCUGAAUUAUGAUGAUGCAAUUUUUGUCAAAGUUCCGGGUCUCAUGUUUGUUGUGAGCCAUGAGAAGCCCACAGUUUACGAGUUACGCUUCCGAGGUAGUUGUCGUAUGUGGAACUCCUGGUAUCAAUUGUUUCUUGGAUUUAUGAUCGAUAACCGUAUUCUCAAUUCAAAUCGUCUGUUACCUAACAAUAAUCAACGCAGACGAUCUGUUGCUGUUGAUCUGGGGGAAAGCAUAGACGCCAUAGAUUCUCGAGCUGGUGGACCACUUAUUAAUGGGCCAACUGGUGGUUAUGCCUUUUUAUGUGCAAAAUUUGACACAGUCUAUCUUCCACGGGGUACGCAUGUCAUCGAAAUAGCGAUGCGUGCAACGAAACCUGGAACCACCGUGAUCGGAGGCGAGUUGCAUGUAAAAUUGACUCAGUACGAUCCAGACGCCGAUAUAAACUUGUCAUUCCCAGCUUCUCCUUAA